UGUACCUAGUGUUCUGACUGCAGAGUGUCGAUCGAUCAGACCUGAGCAGGGACAGAUGGGCAGACAAAAAGGCUUUCUAGUCGAACAACGAAAGCAAACCCAAACAAAGGCUUUGAAUGGACCAAAGCCAGAGAGACGAUCGGAAUGGGAUGUGGUGGAGGGGCAAGUGAAGAAUGAGGGCGACCUGGAGAUGGGAUUUGAGGACGGGCAACGAAAGGAAUGCAGCCAGUUCUCUGAGUCAAGUUUGAAGAAGAAAAAAAGCCCAAUGAAGAACAGGUUCCACUUCCAAUGUCUCGAAACGAAUGAAAUAAAUAAAUAAGAAGAGAAGGACAGAGGGGGGAAGGGAGAGUGAAUAGGGAAAAAAGAGAAACGCGUGAUGGUCUUGCCAGAAGCCCCAAGAAGAAGAAAAGGAAAAACACGAGAAUGACA